GAAAAACGUUCCCCUUUAAAGGCAAGAAAAACACGCCAACGAACAGUGGCAUGAAAAUAUAAAAACCCACAGGAUGGUAAUAUGUGAUAUGCAUAAUUCGCAAUAAAAUUGAGGAAAUUUAAACCGUCGAAAAAACUGACAAAAGUGACCAUUUAACAAAAUCGCCCUUGCUGAAAAGCUUCAAACUUCCCAAAGGUUGAAAAAACGUUUUCCAAAGUGGCAUUUGCGAACGGAAUCCCAUUUUAACUUUACAAACCAGUUUGAACAAAUACAAAACCCGCGUAAAAGAUGUCAGCUCCAAUUUCGAAAAAGAGAAAGUUCAUCAACGAUGGUGUUUUCCAAGCUGAGUUGAAUGAAUUUUUGGCCCGAAUUUUAGCCGAGGAUGGGUACUCAGGUGUAGAAGUCAGGGUCACACCGAUCAGGACCGAAGUCAUAAUUAGGGCUACGCGAACGAGGGAAGUACUAGGAGACAAGGGAAGGCGAAUUAGAGAACUGACGUCCCUCGUCCAGAAAAGAUUCUUCAACAAAUCGACCAACAGUGUUGAAUUGUUUGCCGAGAGAGUAGAGCACAGAGGACUCUGUGCAAUGGCACAAGCAGAGUCACUCAGAUAUAAGUUACUAAAAGGAUUGGCAGUCAGACGAGCAUGUUAUGGUGUCCUCAGACACAUUAUGGAGUCUGGCGCCAAGGGAUGUGAGGUUAUUGUGUCCGGUAAAUUAAGAGCCCAGAGAGCUAAGAGUAUGAAAUUCCGUGACGGUUACUUAAUAUCAACAGGAGAACCAUCCAAACGAUUUGUCAACACGGCUACUAGAUCGGCACAACUGAAGCAAGGAGUCCUUGGUAUUAAAGUUAAAAUUAUGUUGCCUACUGCUGUGGACUCGAAGACGGGAUUGCCAUCCAUUUUGCCCGACAAUAUUUCUGUUCUGGAGCCAAAAACGGAAACGAUAGAAGCAUUGUGAAAGGGUCAUUUGAGGAGAGGAAUCCACCUGUACGUACACAUCGCGCGUGCGUACAGUUACAUGUAUUAUGUGUAUGCUACAUACAUGUGUGCGAAAUUGCAUGGGCAAGGUGGCUACGUAAAAGUGAACAGGCAUAGGCAUAUAAUGCAUACGUGCAAUUUUUUUUUUUUUUUUUUUAAACUUUAAAAAAAAUAAAUAACUUUCAGGAAACGGUUAAAU